AUGGAGGGCGUAUACCCUGAUACAUCACAGCGGAGAGAUUAUCGCGCCUCUGAGGGUGACCUCGACCUCUACAAAAAUGCAUAUGAAUACACGAACGCCAAGCUGACCGACACUCGGAAGGGCAAGGAGGAAGCGGAAAGGCAAAGAGACCAAGCGUCCCUUCGAGCGGAACGCGCGGAGGAAGAGCUAGAGAAGGCCGGACACCGCGUCACGGUUCUGCUCGACGGCGACGGCGCCAUAUUCAAUGACAGCUACAUCCUCGAAGGCCAGGCCGGCGGGCACAAGGCGGCCCAGCGCCUGCAGGCGUCUAUUGUCCGGCACUUGAAGGACACACUGGGAGACGCUGCUUACCAGAUAUGGGUCCACAUCUUCUUCAAUAAGCGUGGUCUUGCGGACACUCUGAGCCGCAUGGGUAUCAUCGGCAACAAGGAACUUGACGAGUUUGUGCUGGGAUUCAACCAGUCUACAGAGCGGUUUACUAUGCUCGAUGUCGGGAAUACGAAGGAGGCAGCUGAUGCGAAGCUGAGGGGCUGCCACGAUAACGGCUAUGCCAAUACUCUGCGUACUCUCAUCACGGAGGGUUUCCGCGACAAACUCGUCCUACUUCGCGGAUACUCGGACAUGGCCUCGGAGAUCAACAAGCUCAAUCUCCACGACUUCGCCGUACCCGACCUAUUCAGGACCUCCAAGAUCGUCAACCCACAUAGCUUUGCUUCCAGACAGGCGACAACCACACCCCACGUCAUCUCUUCCCCUAGUUCGUCGACCAACAUAUCCCAACCCGACUUCGGCUUCAAGCCAGAUGGCACUCCCGUGUCGGGUACAAGCUCGCACGCCUUACAGUCGCCCCAAACUGACUUGAGACGCCUGCUAGCCGAGACCCAGACGCGGCAGUCGCCAGACAGGCAGCGUCCUGUCACUGGUCCUCCGCCGGGCCUCGCCAACUUGGGAACUCGACCUUUCAGUAAUCCGUCUCCAACGACGCAGACCAAACCUUCUGCGGGACAGCAGCCUCUCAAGCUUGAUCCUAACAAGGUAGACUGA